GCUAGUAAAAAGUCAAAAGUUUAAUCUUAUUAAGUUUGGCUGUAUUCUUUAUGUAAAUGAUGUUUCUUUUUAAGUUUAAUAGAUCUGAUACAAAUUUUGACUUAUAAUAAGUGUCCAGCUAUUUGUUGUGAUUCCUACUUAUCGUUACAAUUAUCAUUAUGCUUGUAUUUAACUGUCUAAUGUCAAACCAUUUGCCUCAUAUAUUUACUCAUUUCCUUUUCUUGUUAUGAAAAUUUUUCUACAGCACUCAAAUGAUUAGAUCUGAUGCGAUUUAUAGCUGUUUAGCUUAAUUUCUUUUACUUUUGUGUAUGUUCUUUCACCCUACUACACCCUGACCAAUCAACUUGUUUGAUUAGACACAAGUCUCUCAAUGGAGUUUGAAGUAACUAGUCAAAAUGGUUCAUCUGAAGCAAGUGGUUCGCCGGUUUCCACAAUUCCAACUGAAACUAUGGAUCACGUACCUGAUGUUAAUAACGAUCCUAAACAAAAUGAGCCAGAAGCCGAGCCUGUCCGGGGUUUGGAACUGAUCUAUCGAGUAGCUUCCGAGCUUGCCGCUCGAAUAGCAGAAGAGAAAAGAUACGAAGGCAUUAUCAAACCGUGCUCAGUCAAUGUUCAAAGAAUAACUGAUGUAUCUAAUUUUAGAAUAAUCAAGGAUCCAGAUAGAAUCUUGCAAGAAACAGAAAAGACAUCAGAUACUGUGAUUAUACCAAAUGGACAACCCCCUCUAUUUAACCAAGCUACUACAACCACAGAGCCUACAAAUAUGCACAUUGAUUUAACUGAUUCUGACGAUGAAGAAGAAAUGGUAUUACCUUCAGAAGGGAUGGAUAUUCAAAACGACUGUGAAAUUUUACAAGAAAAAACUACUUAUUUUUGCGUUUUCUGUCCUCAAAAAAGUAUUCAAGGAAGAGCUGCAGCCAUUGAACACUAUCAAGCCCAUUUGGAUUACUAUCCUUACAAAUGUAUGAUAUGUUUAGAAGUUUUAACCAAUCCGCAAAAUCUGGUAAAGCAUUUCCGCGCCGAUCAUACAGACGUAAAAACAGCAAUAUUCAAGAAAAAACUGAUGCCUUGGGUAUUGGACUGGAUUGAAGCCUUUCUUGAUUCCCAGAUGGGACCGAAUAAGAAACGGAAUUUCAAAAUUGUAGCCUACUGUCCAGUUUGUGAGUCUAGUGAGAAAAAAGAAGAUAUUAUCCAAAUUCCCCCCAAUUUUGUUCAACCAAGAAAACAGUUUAUUCAUAUCUACAAGCAUCUUCUUUAUGAGCCUUAUGUGUGUAAAAUUUGUAAUCAAACAGGAAAAAAAUUUUCUAUUAGUGAUUUCGACGAUCGUGCAUACGAGCAUAUCUUAAAAAAUCAUCCAGAAGCUGAAGAUCUUCUAUUGACACAAGUUUAUCAAAAACUCAAUUACAUUAAACCACUGGAAGGAUUUAUAAUCCACUAUUUAAGUUCUAUGGGAGUCUCUACUAGGAGAAGAUUCCCAGAAAAAAUACCACAUUUUGUUAGAAAUAAAUUCAAAGCUAAACACGAAGCAAAGGAAAAGGAAAAGGAAAAGUUAAUUGCAGAUAAAGAUUCAAUUAAACCAGUGACAUUGGGAGAUUUGGUUAAUCAAAGUUCUUCAACCAGUUUACAAAGCAAUCAUACAAACCACUCCUUCAAUGGACAGUCUAUUCUUAAGUCUGAUAAACCAAUGGUAUCUAAUCAAGUCAUGACUAAUGCACAAAGUUUUCAAAACACUCCAUCAACCAAAGCUGCCAUCACGACAAAUAAGAAUGUUACUUUUCCUAGCCCACCAGAAAGAAUGAUGUUUUCUCCGACUAAGGUAAUCUCAACUCAAAACAAUAUCUCAACUGUACCUGUUCAAAACUGUUUCACCAUAACUCAAUUCAACCCUAUCCUACCUUCAUUAACUAAUAAUGGAAAUGUGCUUAACCAUCCACAACCUUUGCUAAUUUCUAAAUACCAACAGCCUACCGUUAUCACAUUACCGUGUGGUCAACUCAUGGUCAGAAACUCGGCCCCCAACACUCCUGUUAAUUUAAAUCAAUCCGCAAGUUUACUUAAGAUUAGCCCUAGAUCAAGUUCGAUCAAUCUAACUUUGAAUACUUCAAAACCUCCACAAAUAGUCUCUCCGUCGUCUUCAACCCCUAAUCAACAUCAACAGCUCAAUACACCAGUUACAAUCCAAAUUUUCCCUGACGUUGAAACCAUCGCUGACAAUCCAAUCAUGAAACCAAAGAAUGGUGAUUUUGUUAAAGGCAAAUACCUGUGUAUAUUUUGUAAAGAAUCCAUCUACUUUGAAACUUAUGAAGAAGCGCUAUUCCAUUUUUCAAGGCAUUUGAAUUACUUUCCUGUUAACUGUUUACUUUGCUUGAAAAAGUUUCAAGAUAUAAACUCGAUCAAUCAACAUUUCAUUCUUAACCAUAACCAUGAUAGAGUGUGUGAUGAUGGUGAUACCUGUUCUCCGUUACUUUAUUACAUCGAUCAAAAAGCUGAGACAGAAAAAUGGAUCGAGGAAAACUUACGUUACCAAAUUAUCGGAGAGAUGAUUAGAAUAAUUGAUCCGGAUAUGGCCCCAUAUUGUCCCGUCUGUCGUAGUAUUUUGAAUACCAUUCCUCCUCACGAUAAGCCACUUGUGCCACAUAUUGAUGUUGUCCGAUCCCACAUUAACCAUCAUCUCAAUUACAAGCCAUACGAGUGCUUUCUGUGUAAUCAAGGUGAACCUAGCAUAUCGGUGCGGUUCCCUUCGAUUGGUGAGGCAGCGUUGAAACAUCUACGCGAUUAUCAUGGCUAUACUCCAAAUCUAGUUGAGUUGGUGAAGGAAUUUUUCAUUUUCAAACCAAUAGCUGGUUUGGAAAAUUUCAUCAAAAGUUUCCUCAUUAGCGAUUAUUACACGAUCGCUAAUCAAUUUUUGAGGACUCGAGAUGGACGAUCAUCCUUACCAACCGGAAUUCCAGUUGCUAGUCCUCAAAUUCCAAGACAGACCAGGACCUAUGCUAGACCGAACGAUUUAAAUAAGCGUUUUUCCGACGUCGCAGGGCCACCCGAAGCUUCAACACCAUUACAACACAAGCAAUAUAAAAAUAUAUUGGCUUGCUAUCAUUGCAAGCAGAUCGUUUCUGGGCCACAGGAACUGCAUUCGCAUACGAAGAGCAAGCAUCCUAACUCAUCGAUAGCUGCUUAUGCAUUACCAGCCACAAAUGGUUAUUAAAUUCUCGCUAAUUUUGUUUUCUAUAUUAAAUUUAUGACGAAUGACAAUUUAUUAUUGUAAAAUAAUGCAAUGUGUAUUGUACUAAUGAUAAAGCCAGUAAAUAAAGCCACUUGCAGACUUAAUUAAA